GGAAGUGAAUUGUUCUCCGGCCGAGGUUACAGCCUUGUUAUCCGACUUCCUGCCGUCGGGACUUUGUUGUGAUUGAUUCCUCCGGCUGAAGAACGGACCGCGUCCUCCGCGUAUCGGAAUAAUCGGAAAGGAACUUUUAUUAAGUCAAACGUCGGACUGUUUCGUCGGAAAUGGAAGCGGACGAUGAAGACGUUUACAGGCUGUCCGGACGAGAGGAGACCGGAGGAGGGCUGAUCAUCAAGAAAAAACCCACUCCACAGGGUAGCUUCGAGUUCAAAGUACCGUCUCCGAAGGCAUCUCUCUUCGGACUAGACAAACUCGCCGCUUUACGAAGAAAGGAAAGGGAAGAAACUCCUGAUCCCAAAAAAGAAAAAUAUGAUGCUGUAUUUAAAAAACCAGAACGGAAGGAUAGGCGUUAUCGAGAAAAAAUGGAUGAGACACCUACUCAUACAGGUGGCGUGAGUCAAGAAGCCAAAGAACGUAUGCUGGAACACUCAAAAAAAGAGAAACACAGGGGUAUUCAAAUUGCAACAGCUAAAGAAAAAGAUAGAAGUAAAAGGCGUUCUAUAGAUAGGGAAAUGAGACAUAGGGACAGACACAGGCAUGUGAAAAGGGAGAAAAGGGACAGACAUAGAGAUAAUCAUGGUGAUAGACAUGAAAGCUCUAGAAGUCGUGGCUGGUCCAUGUCGCCGAGAUUUAGCGACGAGCCAUCAACACCCUUGUUCUCUGUUAAGAACACACCUUCAAAAACAGGAUGGGAAGAAGACGACGGGCCAUCCGAAAGAUCAUCCUGGGAUCUUCCCACACCAAAAACUCAUAAGAUGGAUGAAGACGGUGAAUGGUCCGAGCGAUCUAGAAGGCCUACACCGGCACACAGGUAUAACAGCUGGGCUGCCGAGAGAAAAGCAACUGGCGCUACACCUCUACCAGGAAAAGAAGAUGAAAUUGCUUGGAGUUCUGGCACAGAUAGGGAAAACUGGGAGGCGGAGCAAAGAAAGCUUGACAGGGAGUGGUAUGGUCUCGAUGAAGGUUUUGAUGAAGGACGAGAUCCUUUUGGAGAAAUGUCAACAGAAUAUAUUAAAAAAAGGGAAAGACAACUUGAAUCAAGAAAAAACAAACGACUCAGUGCUCAACAACGUCAAAUAAAUAAAGACAAUGAACUUUGGGAAAGAAAUAGAAUGCUUACGAGUGGUGUCGUCCAGUCGGUGGAUCUCGAUGAAGAUUUUGAUGAGGAAAAUGAAGCCAGAGUGCACCUCCUUGUGCACAAUAUUGUACCACCGUUUCUUGAUGGGCGGAUCGUUUUUACAAAACAGCCUGAGCCUGUCGUCCCGGUCAAAGACCCGACAUCAGACAUGGCUUUAGUUUCAAGAAAGGGUUCGGCGCUUGUAAGGGCAUACAGAGAGCAGAAAGAAAGGCGAAAAGCACAGAAGAAACAUUGGGAACUGGCGGGCACUACAAUCGGGAACAUAAUGGGAAUUAAGAAAAAAGACGAUAGGGAGGAAGACAAAGCUGAAGGGGAACCAGACGCUGAUUAUAAAACUGGGCAAAAGUUUGCCGAACACAUGAAAGACACGUCAGCCGCGACUAGUGAAUUUGCUAGGAAAAAGACGAUUCAAGAGCAGAGAAAUUAUCUUCCUGUGUUUGCAUGCAGGCAAGAGCUUUUGAACAUAAUUAGGGAGAAUUCGAUCGUCAUUAUAGUCGGUGAGACGGGUUCCGGGAAGACGACACAGCUAACCCAGUACCUCCAUGAAGACGGCUAUUCUAGAUACGGCAUGGUUGGGUGCACACAGCCGAGAAGGGUCGCCGCCAUGUCAGUUGCCAAACGAGUGUCAGAUGAAAUGGCAUCACCGCUCGGUGACACAGUCGGCUAUGCCAUACGUUUUGAAGACUGUACUUCUGAAAAUACUGUUAUAAAAUACAUGACAGAUGGUAUAUUAUUGAGAGAAUCUUUACGGGAACCUGAACUUGAUAAUUAUAGCGCCAUUAUCAUGGAUGAGGCGCAUGAGAGAUCGUUGAACACCGAUGUUCUCUUUGGCCUGUUACGUGAGGUCGUAGCAAAGAGGCAAGACUUAAAACUUAUAGUGACAUCGGCAACGAUGGACGCUUCAAAGUUUGCUAUGUUCUUUGGGAAUGUGCCUGUGUAUACAAUUCCAGGAAGAACUUUUCCAGUUGAGUUGUUUUUCAGCAAAAACCCCGUUGAAGAUUAUGUUGAUGCCGCUGUGAAGCAGGCGCUUCAAAUACAUUUACAACCUGUUAAAGGGGACAUAUUGAUUUUUAUGCCCGGUCAGGAGGAUAUCGAAGUGACAUGUGAGGUUUUGGCCGAGCGGCUGACUGAGAUAGAAAACGCACCUCCGCUCUCAGUCCUGCCCAUAUACUCGCAACUUCCCUCUGACCUUCAGGCCAAAAUUUUCCAAGCGUCGCCCGACGGGAUCAGGAAAUGUGUCGUCGCCACCAACAUAGCAGAAACGUCUCUUACGGUUGACGGUAUAAUGUACGUUGUCGACUCAGGCUACUGCAAACUGAAAGUGUACAAUCCAAGAAUUGGAAUGGACGCUCUGCAGAUAUACCCGAUUAGCCAGGCCAAUUCGAAUCAGAGGAGCGGACGUGCCGGGCGUACCGGUCCUGGACACGCAUAUAGACUGUAUACAGAAAGACAGUAUAAAGAUGAACUCCUUGUGUCUACUGUACCUGAAAUUCAAAGAACCAAUUUAGCAAAUACUGUUUUGCUUUUGAAGUCGCUCGGGGUACAAGAUCUCCUCCAGUUCCAUUUUAUGGAUCCUCCACCACAGGACAACAUCCUCAAUUCUCUUUAUCAAUUGUGGAUUCUUGGGGCUUUGGAUCACACCGGCAGUUUAACUCCAUUAGGAAGGCAAAUGGCCGAGUUUCCCUUGGAUCCUCCUCAAUGUCAGAUGCUGAUAGUUUCAAACGAAAUGGGUUGUACGGCAGAAAUCCUCAUAAUUGUUUCAAUGCUGUCGGUCCCGACAAUAUUCUACAGGCCUAAGGGUCGUGAGGACGAGGCAGACAGCGUGCGCGAGAAGUUCCAAGUCCCCGAGUCAGACCACUUGACUUUUCUGAAUGUCUACAUACAAUGGAAACAGAACAAGUAUUCAGCAUCGUGGUGCAAUGAGCAUUUCAUACACGCUAAAGCGAUGAAGAAGGUCCGGGAAGUCAGGCAGCAGCUCAAAGACAUUCUCGACCAGCAGAAAAUGGAAAUUAUGUCAUGCGGGUCGGAUUGGGAUAUUGUACGCAAAUGUAUUUGUUCUGCGUAUUUUCACCAAGCAGCAAGGCUUAAAGGAAUUGGCGAAUAUGUACAUUGCAGAACUGGAAUGCCUUGUCAUCUUCAUCCGACUUCGGCCUUGUUCGGAAUGGGCUUCACGCCUGAUUAUGUCGUCUAUCAUGAACUUGUUAUGACAUCAAAGGAGUACAUGCAGUGCGUAACGGCUGUCGACGGCCACUGGCUUGCCGAGCUCGGCCCGAUGUUCUUCUCCGUCAAAGAGACUGGGAGGUCAGGAUCAGCCAGGAGGCGACAGGCACUCGAGCACCUGCAGGAAAUGGAGGCCCAGAUGGCCGCUGCUCAGGAACAGCUGAGACAAAGGGAAGAAGACAGGGAAAGGCGCGAAUCGAGGGCGGUAAGCGUACGCCAGGUCAUAGCCACACCUGGCGCCGCUCAAAACAAACCGUAUCGAACCCCAUUGCGCCUUGGAAUGUAAUUAUUAAUAAAUAAUUGCUUGUAGAUAAUGUAAUUUAUUUCAUUUAAUUUUUUAUGUACAAUUAACUUGU